AUGAUUCUGCAUUGCCCUCCCAGCACAGGGGACAAGCAAGAGGGGCAGCCGACAGAGGCACAGAGCCCGCAGCCCCCCUCCCCCCCCCGCAGCAGGGCAAGGGACUGUCCAGACUGGAGCUCACACAUGAGGAGGGUCAGGAGGGGGACAGAGGACAGGAGUGAGAAGGCAGGCAGGCAACAGCUCAGGGCUCAGGCUCAAAGCUGUCCCCUCCAGCAUGGCAGGGAAGGGGGCUAUGCUGCUGGUGGGGGGGCCCCACAGGAGAGCACAGAGGAGGGGCCCGAAACGAAGCACACCGGACGUUUCCCCUGCGGCCGGCCCUCCCCAGCGCCAGGGCACAGCGGGACGGCGCCUCUCUCGCCUCUCCUUCCACCUGCAGGGUGGGCCAGCAGAGCGGCGGCGUUCAUUCGCCUUUGGUUCGGCCCCAAACCCCGCCCAGCUGCCGGAUCCUGGCAGCACCAGACUCCCGAAGGGGCCGGGAGGGGGGAAGGGGGCUUCUGGGCCUCCCGGCUGGCCGGCCCGGGGCUGCUCCCGGCUCACACGUGGGGCGCGGCGGGGCCUGCCGGAUCCAAGCAGCCGCCGCAGAUGCUGAACGUGGCUCGGAGGAAGCAAAGACGUUUCCCUUCCUCUUGCCUGGAAGACACAGCAGAGGAGGCCCAGCCGGCCCAGCCACGCCGCCGCCUCCCCAAGGCCCGCCCGGAGCCGCUGCGGCAGCCUGCCCGUGCCUGGGCAGUUGGGGCUUCAGCCCAGGAAGGCUGGCGGAAUCCCCCCUUCUCAGGCCGGGGGAGCCCUCGAGGGAGGGAGGGAGGGAGCAGCGCCUUCCGUGGGGCCCAGGACCGACGUUCCCCUUCAGCCCCCUCCCCCCGCCACAGGCCCUGGAGCGGGCGGGCGGGCGCGGGAAGUAGCUGCGGGUGCCGCUUCCCUUCUUUGCCAGCCCCCCCCCCCAUGGCUCAUGCCAAGAAGGAGCCCCCCCAUCCUCUGGCUGCAGGAGGCAAUCCUCCGGGGGCCGGCGGAGCAGCGGUGCCCAGGAUUCCGGCUCCAGUCCUGGCACGCGAGGCGGCAGGAGGGGGGCCCACGGGCUGCUCACCCUGGGCGGGCGGCGGGGCUUGUGGCCAGGCCCAGACCUCCGCCCAGAGCUCGCCUGGUCCUCGGGAGGGGCUGGCCUGCCAUGCAGAAGCGGAGCACAGUCGGGGCUACCCCUGCGCUACCGGGCCGGCCGUCGCAGGAGCCCCGCUGCAAGCCUGGGGGCAAAACUACCCGAAGACGGCUUGA